GCUCCGUGCUCGAUGUUCCCGCUAAAUGAAAGUCAAAACGAAAGUGGCACCACGACAUGCAACACAGAUUUUACCAGAGGCAGGCAGACUCCCUGCAUAUUGAUAGAAUGAGGUCGUAGUAAUGGAGAAAGAUCUCGAUUCUCAACUAAAGGAGCUAAGUGUAAAUUUAAAAUGGGCAAAUACAUUAGUGGAACAAUUAAAGAAAUCAUUGUCUAGUUUGGAUCAGCCUACAAUUAAACAAUUUACCGAUGCAGCAGGUACGAUCAAUGCAGGGAUGUGUACAUUUUGUACAACUUUGGAUGAAGUUUUAAACAAACCUGAAGCAGAGGAAGAAGAUGAAGAAUAUCUGGAAGAAAUGCAGUCAACAUUACCUUCAUCCAAUACAAACUAUGGUGGUUGUAGUGAUACUGAUGUAUCUGAAAGUUUAAUGGAAUAUGAUGCUGAUGUAACAGAAGAUUUUACUGCAACAGAUCUUAAUGAUCCCAUUGAUGUGUUGUCCAGCUCAAAUCCUCCAGCCAAAAAAUCCGAGUCUGAAUUUACUAAGAUAUCCCCUAAUGAAAUAAAUGUGUUACUGAAUGAUGAUUUAGAUGAUACAUUGGCAAUUGUUGAAUUAGAUGGGGUUGCUGAUUCAAGCUUAAAUAAGCCAGUUUUAAAAGAAGAUGAGAUAAAUUGUUUGGAUAUAGAUGACAGACCAGAUCAAAUUCAUAUUGAUGUAUUGAAAAAAUAUUUUGGAUUUAGUCAAUUCCGACCAAUGCAAUGGAAAGUAAUUAAAUCUGUUCUCGAAGAUAAAAGAGAUAAUUGUGUGGUCAUGGCCACAGGUUCUGGGAAAAGUUUGUGUUACCAAUACCCACCUGUUUAUACAAAUGGUGUCGCUGUUGUGAUAUCACCACUCAUUUCGUUGAUGGAGGACCAAGUUCAGGCGUUAACGGUAGCAAAUAUCAGUGCAUGUUAUCUGGGAAGUGCACAAAGCAAUUCUUCAAAAGUGACCAAUGAACUUUUUCAGGGUGUGUAUCGUAUAGCUUAUGUUACUCCAGAAUAUGUUACGUCUUUUACUUCUUUUUUGACUAAUUUAAACAACAAAGUUGGACUUACGUUAGUUGCCAUUGAUGAAGCUCAUUGCGUUUCUCAGUGGGGCCAUGACUUCCGUACGUCGUAUCGAGGAUUGAAUAUUGUAAGGCAGCAAGUACCAAAUGUACCUAUAGUUGCACUAACAGCAACUGCAACACCGAUAGUUCGAAAUGACAUUUGUGCAAAUUUAAAGUUAAAGAAUGCCAUAAUUAGAUGUACUGGCUUUGACAGACCAAAUUUAUUCCUGCAAGUUUCGAUGAAAAGCAAUUUAGUUAAUGACCUGUUACCAUUACUGGUGCAGCAACAUGAUAGUAAUGGUAGGACAAGAUAUGCAUUUGAUGGCACGACAAUUGUUUAUUGCCCUACUAAAAAAAAGACAGAAGAAGUGGCUGGCUUUUUAAGUCAAUACGGAGUCAGGUGCCAACCGUAUCAUGCUGGGUUAUCAUUUACUAAAAGAAAGAAUGCUCAUCAUCAAUUUAUUCGAGAUGAACUUGAUUGCAUUGUUGCUACUGUAGCGUUUGGGAUGGGCAUUGACAAGCCAGAUAUUCGAAUGGUCAUCCAUUAUGGUGCACCAAAAGAUAUUGAAAGUUAUUAUCAAGAAAUCGGUCGAGCUGGCAGGGAUGGCUUGCAGAGUUAUUGUCACACAUUUUACAACAACGGCGAUUUCGCAAUUAGCAGACAAUUUCUUUCAACUAUUACUGAUCCGAAAUUCCAGAAUUACAAGAAAAAUAUGAUAAGUAAGGCGGAACAAUACUUGAUGACGUCCGGCUGCCGUAGAAAAGCAAUUAUUUCUCAUUUUGAUUCGAAUGUAGCGAGGGUGGGAGGACACAAAGAAUGUUGUGACAAUUGUCGAAACAAGAUAUUAAAUCCUUCAUCAAAUUUGCUUGAAAGCGAGACAAUGGACUUUGGUGAAGAUAUCAAAAUGUUGCUCAAAGCCAUACAAACCACCGGCGAUGGGAAAUAUGGAAUAAAUACGCCUGUACUUCUCCUCAGAGGUUCGAUGAGUCAAAAAUUGCCGAUAAGAUUCCAGAAUACACCAGUGUUUGGAAAAGGAAAGAAUAAAAGCGCUCGAUAUUGGCAGGCGUUGGGCCGACAGUUGAUAGGUGAAAAUUUUCUUGGAGAGAAACCUGUUCCCCAAGGUUUUGGUUCGACUAUAUAUACUACUUCAAAAGCAAAGAAUUGGCUUCAAAGCACUGGUGAACCUACUUAUAUUAUAAAACAGCCAAACACGGAUGUGUUAGCUGAAAUCAAAGCAAGUUUACUUCCAGAUAAAGCUGAAAGUUCGAACAAAGAGAGUCUGUAUUCAAGUAUUCUUCCUGACAAGCCGUUGGAUAAACCAUGGUCAGAAGAUGUUGGUAGUCUUCAUGAAAUGCUGACGUAUACACCACGCUCAGGAAUUUGUGAUUCUGAGAAAGAUUACAAUUACUUGGAGGAGCAACUUCGUAGCCGAAUCACUAUCAUUCGUCGUGGAUUGGCGCGUGACUUGGAUGUUCCUCCUUACAUGGUUGCCACCAAUAAGAAUAUACAGGAUAUGGUCAAAAUAAGACCAAGCUCCUUGGAAAAUCUACUAAAGAUUGACGGUAUCUCUUUGAAGUUGGGUCAACGAUUUGGUAAUUCCUUUAUAAAAGAAAUUCAACAAUUUUGUAAUGAGAAAAAGUUGAAGUUAGAUGUCACUGAAGAUGAAUUUAACGCUGAUUCAGCUAAAACAGCAAAGGAGGUAUUUUACAACUGGGUAUCUCUGCUAAUGCGAGGGGACGGCUACAAAUCUACACUGACUUCCACUCAAAAAGAAACUUAUGAUCUUCACAUGCAAGGAAUGUCGGUGGAUGGAAUAGCGAAACAGCGUUCUUUCGUAGAAGACACCAUCAUCAGCCAUUUAGGCGGCGCCCUGAAGAUGGGAUACCCAAUAAAUUUUAGCAAACUUAACAUUACUGAUGACAUGAUCAAGCAAAUAGUCACUGUUGUUCGUUCAAAAGAGAUUGGCUCAGAUAUUCGCCGAAUUCGACCAAUCAAAGAUAUGCUUCCAGUAUCAGUAGGUUUUGGUAUAUUGAAAUUUGUUUUAAUCAUGUUGGAAAUUACCUACGGUGUAACCAAUGAUCCGCCAUCAAAACCAGAAGGUGUGACGAAUCUUAACGUAUCUAAAACAGCCAAUCAUAUUCACAAAUGUGCAUAUUCAUCUCCAAAUAGAAAUAUACUGCCCAAUCAAACAACAAUUGCAUUUAGUUCAACUCCGGCAACCUCACAAGUAGCUGGGAAAAGGAAGGUUCCUGAUUGGAUGAGCUCUACACAAGUGACGUCAUAUAAAAGAAGCAGUAGUAAAAAUAGAAAAGGUUUUUAAAAAAAGAU